AUGCGUUUCUCUGCUGCUGUCGCCCUAACGGCUGCUACUGCCGUCGUGGGCAGGGAGCUCCCCGUCGAUGAGGAUCGUGCUGCGGAGCUCUUUGACUCUGGCGUCAGGCACAUGGAUCUCAUGGCCAAGAAGAUUGCCCACUGGGAGGCUGAAGAAGCCGCUGGUCUCAUGGACGCAUCCAAGUGGCCUCGCUUGAACUACACCAAAUGUGUCAAUGGCUAUGCCGAGGCCGUCCCUGGCAGCCCCCUGCACAAGUUCAAGUGCAAGAACAUGGACCUGCACGACUUCCUCUCCCACGAGGAUCUCGGCUCCUUCGGCCGCGAGUACCGUGGCAAGUCUGGCAGCUCGUCCUGGGGCUGGACCGAUCCCGAGUCGGAGCGUGAAUUUGUCGUCAGCGGCAUGUACGAUGGUUGCGCCAUGAUCGAGAUCCUGCCCGAAGGCCGCAUGCUCAACCUUGGCUUCCUGCCCAAAUUCGCCCCUACCAGCGACCGUGCCUACUGGACCGAGAUCCGUUCCUACAAGCACUACAUGGUCAUCGGCUCUGAGCUCCAGGGCAACGGCAUCCAGAUCUUUGACAUGAGGAAGCUUCUCGACAUCAAGCCCGCCGAUGCCCCUGUCAUCUUCAAGAACGACAAGGACCUCACAGGUCACUUCAACUCCUCCUUGCCCCUGGGCCGCAGUCACAAUGUCGUCAUCAACGAGGAGGCCCAGUACGGUGUUGCCGUCGGUGUGACCCCUCGCGACCAGGGUUGCAAGGGUGGCCUCCACUUCUUCGACCUGAAGGACCCCUCCAAGCCCGUCGAUCUGGGCUGCAAUGGCGAUGAUGGCUAUGUUCACGAUGCGCAGUGCCUCAUCUACCGCGGCCCCGAUUCCAAAUAUGUCGGCCGUGACAUUUGCUACGGCUACAACGAGGAUACUCUCACCAUCUACGAUGUCACCGACAAGCGCAACUCGACCAUCAUCUCCCGCACCUCGUACGAGGGAGCCGAGUACACCCACCAAGGCUGGGUCAACGACGUCAACAAUCAGGAGUGGCUGUUCAUGGAUGACGAGUACGAUGAGGAGCGCACAACCGGCCCCGCCGCUGAUGGAUAUCCCGUCACUUACAUCUGGGACAUCAAGUCCCUUGAGAACCCCAAGCAGACGGGCAUCUACAAGGGCUCUGUUCGUUCCAUUGACCACAACCAGUACGUCAACGGCGAUCUUAUCUACCAGUCCAACUACGGCGCCGGUGUCCGCGUCUACGACGUCUCCUCCGUGCCCCAGGACCCUACUGGUAAUGGUGUGUGUGAGAUCGCCUAUUUCGACAUUUACCCCGAGGACGAUGACGCUCCUGGCGGUGGUGUCCCCGCCUUCUCCGGCUCAUGGUCAUCCUACGCUUACUUCAAGUCUGGUUACAUCUUUGUUAACACUAUUGAGCGUGGCGGCUACCUCGUCAAGAUGACCAAGCGCGAGUCCUGCAAGCCCAAUGCCUGCAGCGCCGACAACUGCCUACGCGCCAUGCGGGGCCUCCACCAUCUCUGGCCGUCUCGAGGAGAGCCAGAAGUUCUGCGGCGAGUUCACCAAGACUUUUGUCGCUGA